AUGCACUUCUCCUCUCCCCUUCUGGCCCUCCUGGCAAUUGCUGCCGGCGUCCAGGCUAGCAAGCUACACGAGCCCCCAGUUCACCAGAAGAGUGCCUCCAUCCAGGGCACUGCUGUUAGCACUGGCACCCACCCUAUCAUGACCGGUACCCAAGGUGGCAGCAACGGUACCUCCGGCGGCAACGGCACUACUGGAGGCGGCUCUGGCUCUGGAGGCGGCUCUGGCUCUGGAGGUUCCGGCUCUGGCUCUGGAGGUUCCGGUUCUGGCUCUGGAGGUUCCGGUUCUGGCUCGGGCUCGGGCUCGGGCUCGGCCUCUGGCUCUGCCAGCAACACUCCUGCCUCCCCCAGCUCUACCGGCUUCCUCCCCUCCAACCCCGGUGCCAAGGUCUCUGUUCCUCAGCUCGGCAUGGUUGGCGCUGGUCUUGGCAGCGUCGCCUACGGCGCUCUCAUCUUCCUGGCUUAA